AACCCCAUGUAGAACCUAAUCGUUAAAUCAGUUAGAGGCUCUGCUUCAUCCUCUUAUCCUUCACUAGACAAAAAUACCACCGCCAGACCUCAUCCCCACCGUACAACAUCUGAAACUCUCUAACUGAGCAACUCAACUCAGUAAAUGGCAUUGUUUAGGCCACAGUUGGAGAGAUUCCUAUCAACCAAACUCCAUUGUGGCCACUCCAGUACCAAAACCCCCACUAAAAACUUCUUUUUUGCUACUAGGCCUAGAAGCCAGUGUUCUGCUAUAGCAAUAGAUGCCCCAUCUUCAUUAACUGAUGUUGCUGGGAUCCGGUGGGGUUCUACAAGCUUGCAAGGCGCACGUGAAGAGAUGGAGGAUGAUAUCAUAAUUCGAUCAGACGGCCUUGAAGGAUUCUCCUUUGCUGCUGUUUUUGAUGGCCAUGCUGGUUUCUCUUCUGUGAAGUUCCUCAGGGAUGAGUUGUACAAGGAGUGUGUAGCUGCUUUACAAGGCGGUUUGCUAUUGAAUGGAAAAGAUUUCAAUGCUAUUAGAAAAGCAUUAGAAGAGGCUUUUGAAAGGGUUGAUGCAAAAUUGCUAGAUUGGCUUGAGAAGGAUGGUGCGCAAGACGAAUCUGGUUCGACAGCGACUGCUAUGUUCAUUGGAAACGAAAAGCUAGUCAUUUCGCACAUUGGUGAUUCAUCUGUGGUCCUUUCUCGUUCUGGAAAAAUGGAAGUGUUGACUGAUGCUCAUCGACCUUAUGGAAGCAAUAAAAUCUCUCUUCAAGAAAUCAGAAGAAUCAGAGAAGCAGGUGGAUGGAUUGUCAAUGGAAGGAUUUGUGGAGACAUAGCCGUAUCUCGUGCUUUUGGUGACAUGCGGUUCAAGACAAAGAAGAAUGAGAUGCUGGAGAAAGGAGUCAAGGAAGGGAGAUGGUCUGAAAAAUUUAGUUCUCGAGUACAAUUCAAUGGGGACUUGGUCAUUGCAUCUCCAGAAGUUUACCAAAUAGCUUUUGGAUCAGAUGCAGAGUUUGUAAUUCUAGCAUCUGAUGGUUUAUGGGAUUACAUGAACAGCUCAGAUGCAGCUGCUUUUGUCAGGAACCAACUUCAAAAACAUGGAGACGUUCAGCUAGCUUGCGAAGAACUUGCACGGAAAGCUAUUGACCGGCGGACACAAGACAAUGUUAGCAUUAUCAUUGCUGAUUUAGGGCGGACAGACUGGCAAAAUCUGCCUCUCCAGCAACAAAAUGUUGUGCUUGAACUGGGCCAAGCUUUUGCUACCAUUGGUAUUGUCACACUUGGAAUAUGGAUGUCAGCCUUGCUUUCUUCAUAAAUGCUAGAGCUUCAGAAAGUGUAUAUAAAUCAACAUAGAUUUCGACACAUUAGUCCAUAGAAAUCUAUAUGUGUCAGCACCUUCAUGCUUUUCUUUUAGGCGAAAGAACGAUAAACAUCUUGUCUUUCGAAAUCUCAUUUCCAUAAUCAUAUUGUAUUACAUUGACUCUCUGAACAAUACCUGUUGAACACACAAAUCAUACUGUAGCUUUGUUACAUAAA